AUAUUGUUGCUGGCACCAUUCUGAGGAGCAAAGUCUAGCCGAGCGUCUAUAGCUAGAUCACCUACCCCAUUUGACCGAUACACAUAGCCUCAGGAUAUCAUGGGUUCAAACUCCAUGUUUGACGACGAUGCUUGGGCUCCGCCGCCCCCGCCCGUGGGCGAGGAUAAGCUUUGGCGGGAGGUUGAGUUGGAGAAGGAAUGGUCUGAAAAAGCGAAAGACAUGUCCGUCCCAUCACUAUCCGGCAUGCGCAAACCCAGUUUUGGAGCCAUAUCGCCCUCCCUAUUGCAACGGCAGGACUCGACGUUCGAGAAACGGGUAGACCCAUGGGGCCGGUCGUACGUCCUCGGCGGCCGGCCAGGGUAUAGGCGGAAUACUUCCGAGAGCACGACCGGCGAUCUUUUUGGGACGAAUGCGCCGCCAGCUGAUAUGAAUGAGCAGUUGGCUGGGUUCGAGCAGGAGCCGUUUGAGGACUCGGAUGAGGAAGGGGAAGCCAAUUUGGAGCUGGAGGGGGGGUUGCAUGAGGAACCUUUCUCUGAUGAUAGUGACUCGGCGCACCCACCACAAGAAAACGGUCGGGAUAGAUCGAUUUCCCCACGACGGUUAACAAAACGAAGAUCCUCCAUUCUGUCAAUCCGAAGUUUACCUAGAGUCAUGCACCACGAGAAUAAUGAUAGCGAUAACGAGCAGCAACUGGACUCAUAUCCAUUUCCCCAAAACAACAACUAUGCCCGUCAACAAGGCUCACCCACACCAUCACUUGUCAAAAAACGAUCAUCACAAAUGCAGCUCCGACGGAAAGCCAGCGCCGCAAGCGACAUGCUAGUAAACUCAACGCAUUCCUCCUCCUCCACACUAGUUGAAAGCCGAUCGAACGGCGCCUCCUCAAUGAAGGUUCUGGCGGACGUCGUCAGCGGGGGCGAGGAGUCUGAAUUGGACGAGGAGCUGUCUACCGACAACUCGAUCACAUUCUACCAAGGCUUUCGGGCACUGCACCCGAAGAUGGCGAGCACGGCGUCUCUGAACUCCCCGCACAAGCUGGGGCUGAACCUUGGCAAUUCUAGCCAAGUAAGCAUAAUAACAUCGUUCCAGCCACCCACACCACGCGGCGGGAAGGAGUUACCGACAAAAGCUCGGUUACACGCCGCAUCGAUCAACAACAUCGCCCGACUCUUCUCUGAGUUGUUGAACGAGCGCGACACGGUGCUGGCCGAGAGCGAUAAGCUGGAAAACACCCGCGUGGCGCUGUCGGAUGAGCUCCGACAGGUGGAGGAUCUGUUAACCGAUCUGGGUCGACGGAAGCAGGAUCUGACCGCGAAACUGAAGCGGGUGGUCGCGAAAGAAGAGAAGGUCAACGUGCUGUUGGACGAGCUGGACAGCAAGAUUGGAUCCAUCGGCGACGAAUCGCAGUCGUUUGAGCGGACGAUCCGGAAACUGAAGGGCCACUCGGCGGCGAUCACAGCUGAUAUUGACGUUGAUGAGGAUGAUGUGCCGGAGAUUCCGCCAAACACGUGCUUCAGGACGCUGUAUGGCCACACGGACAGCGUGGAGUGUUUGGAUUUUGAUAUGCCGUUUGGGACCCUGGUGACGGGGAGCGCGGAUAAGACGAUUAGGGUUUGGGAUUUGAGUAGUCAUCGGUGCGCUGCUUCCUUGUCUGGACAUACAGGAUGGGUCCGAGCACUCCAACUAAAAGGCCAAACCCUCAUGACCGGCUCGGGCGACCACACCAUCCGCCAAUGGAACCUCUCCAACCUCCCCCCUCUCCCCUCCACCAACCCCGCCCACCCCUCAAACAUCCCGCCCUCAACCCCCUACUACACCCCGGUAGCCAACGAAGACAUCUCCGUACACACCUACAAAGGCCACACCGGCGGCGUCGGCUGCCUGAUGUUCGACGACUCGUGGCUCGUCUCUGGCUCAGCCGACAAGACUAUCCGACAGUGGGACCGCGAAACGGGGGCUGAGGUCGCUGUACUUCGAUCCGAACGAUGGGUCGACCAGGACGGGAUGGACCGCGCUGACCGGCUCCUCCUCGGCGAGUUCCCACCGCCAGCAACCUCCGUCGUCGCCCCACCCACGGACCUCAUCCGCACAAACACCUCCUCAGUCCUCCCCCCGCGCGCCGGGUUCACACUCUACAACGUCGGCGGGCACGUCGGCGCGCUGCAGUUCUGGAGACAUGCGCUUGCUGCUGGGUACGGGGACGGGGUGAUUAGACUGUGGGAUCUGCGGACGGGGAAAUGUCAUCGGGAGCUCCAUGGACAUACGGGCGCGGUGACGACGUUGAAAUUUGAUCAGAGUAACGUUGUUAGUGGGAGUGUUGAUCGGACUGUUAAGGUCUGGGAUCUCCGCGGAGGCGAAGCCAUCGACGAUAUCCGCUUCCAGGGCGGCGUCAUUGAUCUGCACCAUGAUAUGUUUAGGUUGACUGUGGCUGCUGGGUCGAGUAACGUCAAGAUAUACAACCGAACAACAUCCGCCAUCAAGAUCCUCGAAGGGCACACCAAACCGGUGCGCGCGUUGCGGCAUAUGGACGAUACGUUGAUUUCGGGAGGGAUGGAUACGACUGUGCGCUUGUGGCGGAUCUAAAUGAAUGUCGUCAGACGUUUCAAUGACGAGUCGAGAGACCGGUUGAGGAGACUUCAAGUCACACACACUUGCACACCACGAAGCGCGCUCAUAUACAGUACAUAACCUGCGACGUAACUGGAACACAUGGAAAAUAUGCAUGCCUCUUAUAGUUGGAUGUGGGGGGCCGGGUUGGAGGAUGAUCUUCUUUUCUAUGUACAUACUGGUGGGUGGGGGGGCGGUCCCACGGGAGAUUUGGUCUGCUCUGAUGUGAGGAGGCGUAAUGACAUACACUCAGAGGUUGGUGGAUUUCCACGUCGGUCUUGACUCUUGAGACGUUGUUAUGGAUGCGCUCGCAACAAGCCUCCCACCCCCUCGCUCUGGGAGGGGAGUAGACUGGAUUACCGUGUAGUCCAUAGCUUAUGUGUGAUAUAUAGUUAGCGAGCGAGCGGCUCUCAUUUUGCAUCGUAUGUACGGAGAAUAUGACGACGUACGACAUGG